AUGCGUCAACGCUUAUUUGAUGACUCAAAAAAUAAAACAAUGCUAGAAGACAUUCAGGUAAUUGAUGAAGUGUUCAAAGUAGCAACUAAUGACGCAAAGGGAGAAGAUGAAGUUAAAAGAGUAUCACGGACAUUAGGUUUUUCUGAAUUUGAAAGUGUAGUUGACUUCCGUUCAAGAAAUGUUUUUUCUAGUUUCAUGAAAGCAUUAAAUAUACUCCCAACUUCAACAGCUGAUUGUGAACAAGGGUUUUCCGAUAUGAAUUUGACAAUAACUGAUUUAAGGACUAGCUUAAACAUUGAAAAUGUGUCAGAUUUGAUGUUCAUCUCUAUCAAUGGCCCUUCAGUUGCAGAUUUUAAUCCUAGACCUUAUAUUAAAAUUUGGUUAAGAGAUCACCGUUCUGCCGUUUCCACUCCUAGAGGUAAAGAAAGAAAAGAAAUAGACGACGAAAAUAAGAUGCAGAAAUUAUUUUUUAACAAU